AAACCCAUCUCCACUGGGGAAAGGCAGUUCAGUGCUAGUAAAGCUAAGCUAUGAAACCCCAAUCACUUUACGCCCCCGUUCUUCUGCGUUUCUUCUUCGCUUUGCUGUGCACAGCGGCGCCAGAGAAUGAAGCUUCGAUCAACGGGGGAACCAUCGUUUUUACGACACUUGGCCGACCGGAUUACGAUUGGGACAUCUUCACGCUUCCAACUUCCGACCCACCAAGUCCUUCAAAUGAACUCCGGGUUACCGACGGUGAAUCCGUUAACUUCAAUGGCCACUUCCCCUCGUCCUCACCUUCCUCUAUUAUCUCGCUGUUGCACAACCGAAGCCUAAUUCAAGCCCCAACAGCUCCGCUGCCGGCGCUUCAGCUCAUCUAUGUGACGGAACGCAACGGUACGUCCAAUAUUUACUAUGACGCGCUUUAUUACAGUACGCCGAGAAGUACUAGAUCGAGAUCGGCACUUGAAAUUCCCGUCCGACUUCAGGCACCUUUGUUGAGUUUAGAAGAAAACAGGAAUCGGGUUUCGAUGAAAGAUAAGCCGAGUUUGAGUGGGGAGAAUUUGAUUUACGUGUCAAAUCAUGAGGAUCCGGGUGAACCCAGGACGAGUUGGGCUGCUGUGUACUCCACUCAUUUAGGAACCGGAUUGACUCGACGACUCACUCCUCACGGAAUCGCCGAUUUUAGCCCCGCUGUGUCUCCGUCUGGGGUCUGGACAGCCGUUGCUUCGUAUGGGAGAGAUGGUUGGGAUGGGGAAGUGGAAGAACUGAGUACCGAUGUAUAUGUUUUCUUGACUCGUGAUGGGAGUCACCGAGUCAAGAUUGUUGAACAUGGUGGGUGGCCUUGCUGGGUUGAUGACUCAACUCUGUAUUUCCAUAGGCGAAGUGAAGACCAGUGGAUAAGUGUUUAUAAAGCGAUUUUACCUAAACACAAACCGGUUUCGAUCGAGGCAGUGACAAUUCAACGCGUCACACCACCGGGUCUCCACGCUUUCACCCCAGCUACUUCUCCAGGUAACUAUAAUUUCAUAGCAGUAGCUACAAGAAGACCCAAUUAUAGUUUUCGCCACAUUGAGCUAUUUGACACUGUUAAGAACGAGUUCAUUGAGCUAACUCGGCAUGUUUCUCCUACAAGUCAUCACUUAAACCCGUUUAUAUCACCCGACUCAACCCGAGUUGGGUACCAUAAGUGUAGGGGAGGAAGUAACGGAGGAAAAUCUUCCCAAUUAUUGCUUGAAAACGUUGCAAGCCUAGUGCCAAAUCUUUCUCUUUUUAGAGUCGAGGGUUCAUUUCCUAGUUUCUCACCAACGGGCGACCGAAUAGCCUACGUGGAGUUCCCUGGUAUUUAUAUUGUGAACCGGGACGGUUCAAACCUACGCCAGGUUUUCUCCUUGAAUGCUUUUGCAACCGCAUGGGACCCGAUUCGGCAAGGAAUUGUAUACACAAGUGCCGGACCGGAGUUUACGAGUGUGACUACUGAAGUUGAUAUUGUAGCCGUUGACGUUGAUGAUCUUAGUCAAUCGAAUUAUAAAAGGUUGACCCUAGAUGGUAAAAAUAAUGCAUUUCCCUCGCCAUCACCGGAUGGAAAAAAGAUCGUGUUCAGGUCUAGUCGAUCGGGUUACAAGAAUCUAUAUAUAAUGGAUGCAAUCAAAGGGGAGAUAGGCGGGAUUGAAAGACUAACAGAGGGUCCAUGGACUGACACAAUGUGUGAUUGGUCACCUGACGGUGAUUGGAUCGCCUAUGCUUCGGAUCGACACAAUCCAGAUUCGGGUAGUUUUGAACUAUAUCUGAUCCAUCCGAACGGUACCGGACUAAGAAAGCUGAUAAGCAGUGGGUCAUCCGGCCGGACCAACCACCCGACAUUUAGUCCGGAUGGAAAGUUAAUAGCAUUUACAACAGAUUAUGGAGGAAUAUCAGCUGAGCCAAUCUCACUCCCACACCACUAUCAACCCUAUGGUGAGAUUUACACCAUCAAGUUGGAUGGUUCUGAUUUGAAGAGGCUGACCUACAAUUCUUACGAAGAUGGUACCCCUACAUGGUCUCCGUUUUACAUCGACACGGUCGACGUGGAGUGGCCGAAGAAGACUGAGUGUGCUUUUGAGGAUUGUCAUUGGCUGAAUGAAAUGCCGAGCCGAAGCACCAAGGUUGAACCAUCAGGGUUAGCCAAGCCUCAAUGUGGUGUAUGAUUCUAAGCUUUUCUUGCAUAACAUUAAGGAAUAUAAAUAUGCAUGUGGAUUAUUGUAAAUUUGUAUGGUGAGAACACUUUGGUGCACCAAAUCUUGUAUUUGAUAUUUUCCUCGUC